AUGUUUCCUUUGGCUAGAAAUGCCCUACGCAGACUCAAGAUUCAAAGCAUUCAGCAUAUGGUGGCAAGACAUUGCCACCAAAAACACUCACCAGAUUUUCAUGACAAGUAUGGUAAUGCUAUCUUAGCAAGUGGAGUGGCUUUCUGUUUUUGUUCAGGUAUUUAUUUAGUUACACAGACUGGAAUACAAUGGAACCUGUCCCCUGUGGGUAGAGUCAUCCCAAAGGAAUGGAGAGAGAAGUAA